CUUCCUGGAUGAGAUCAUGGCUGCGGCAUCGGAAUGGGCAAAUGCCCCGAAACUAGUACACGGAAAGCAUCCCGUAUAACUUGCUAUGAGUCAAAUAAAAAACGCACCUGAACUGGUAUUUUGUUACAGUUAUCAAUGGAUGGAACUAGGCCAUCACGUGUUUCUCGUCCUCACCGAAUCAGUGAAUCAUCGAAGGUCUAUCGACUGACAGAGCAUCCAAGUGCAGUGCUGCAGGGGCUUAAUGAACAAAGACAGAAAGGACUGUUCUGCGACAUCAUCUUGGUGGCAGAUGAGCAACAUGUUCCAGCCCACCGCAAUCUGCUAGCCGUUUAUAGUGACUAUUUCAAAUCCAUGUUUACCAUUGGUAUGCGGGAAGCUCGACAACUAGAAGUGGAACUAGUGGGGGCUUCCUAUAUUGGCCUGAAGGCAGUCAUUGACUUUUUGUAUAGUAGUGAGCUCCCUCUAGAUGGAGGCAAUAUUGACUAUGUGUUAGAGACUGCCCACCUUUUGCAGAUUUGGCAAGUAGUAGACUUUUGCUGUGAGUAUUUGGAAAAUGAAGUAAGUGAGGAGAACUAUUUGUAUCUGCAAGAGCUGGCCUUUAUCUAUAGCCUGGACCGCCUGGAUUCUUUCAUUGAUUCCUUCAUCCUCCACAAUUUUGGAACUCUCUCCUUCACCCCGGACUUUUUACAGAAUAUUCGGGUGCAGAAACUUUGCUUUUACUUGGCUAGUAACAAGGUGCAGCAUGACUGUGAACAUAAUCUUCUUCAAGCUGCUCUACAAUGGUUGACCCAGAGCCCAGAAAGGGAAUCGAAUGCACGACAAGUGUUAUCAAAUAUUCAUUUUCCCCUUAUUCCAAAGGCAGAUCUACUGGACAGGGUAAAGCCAGCUGUCUGCUCUCUUCUCCCAAGAGAAGCAAAUUGUGAGUCUUUGAUUGAGGAGGCCUUGCACUACCAUAACCAACUCAUGCAGCAACCUUUGUUGCAGAACCACCGCUCAGCCCUUCGAGGUGAUCCUGAAAGGCUGUUGUUUGUUGGUGGAGAAGUGUCAGAUCGUGGAGAGGAGCUCAGUGAUGAUGUUUGCUUCUUGGAUCCUACUGAAGGCUGUUGGACUUCUGAAACCCAGCUUCCUGCACGGCGGAGUCAUCACUGUGUUACUGUUAUGGGGGGAUUUAUAUUUGUUGCUGGAGGAAGCUCAUCCCGUGACAAUGGAGGAGAUGCAGCAUCUAAUCUUCUUUAUCGCUAUGAUCCAAGGUGCAACCAGUGGAUAAAGGGUGCACCAAUGAACCAACGAAGAGUGGACUUCUACCUGGGCACUAUUUCAAAUAUUCUUAUUGCAGUUGGGGGCCGGAAUGACAAUGGUGCCCUCUCCUCUGUGGAGGUAUACAGCCCACAUGUGGAUAGCUGGUCAUAUGUGGCAGGACUCCCAAGGUUCACUUAUGGUCAUGCAGGUACAACCUUCAAAGAUUUUGCUUACAUCUCUGGGGGUCAUGACUAUCAGAUUGGACCAUACAGGAAAAAUAUGCUUUGUUAUGACCCUCGCACUGAUGUCUGGGAGGAGAAAAGGCCUAUGAUCACAGCAAGGGGCUGGCAUAGUAUGUGCACUUUGAAUGAACACAUUUAUGCCAUUGGGGGCAGUGAUGAUCGUGUGGACACCAUGGAGAGAUUUGACAUUUUGGAUGUAGAGUGUUUUAGCCCACAGUGCAACCAAUGGACACGAGUGGCACCAUUAUUUCAGGCCAACAGUGAGUCAGGAGUUGCCGUGCUUGCUGAUAAAAUUUACAUCUUAGGUGGGUACAGCUGGGAGAACACUGUGUUUUCUAAAGUAGUGCAAAUUUAUGAUCUGGAGAAGAAAAAGUGGACUAGAGGAACUGACCUUCGUAAAUGUAUUGCUGGAACCUCUGCCUGUGUAUGCACUGUGAAACCUAAGAGUUCAGAAAAAAAGUUUAAGGCCAAAAGGCGUCAGGUUCGUGGAAGGUGAAUUUUCCAUUUUAUUUGUUAUGCAGAUAAAUAAUAAAGUGUAUUGUUUAUACUGGACAUGAAAAGCACAUGCUGGAGGCUUUAUACAAAAUGUGUGUUCUGUUGUUUUAUUCUUGGUUGGAUUUACUAUGUUGAGAAAAGUGUAACACUUAAAGCAUAACAUAUUGAAGUUCUUUAAUUUUUUUAGCAGUUUUUUAACAUGGAGCUCAGAGGUACAGGACCAAAGUGAAUGUAGAGUUAAAAAGAAUCUAUUUUACCUUUAAUUACAACUGGUUUGUAAUUUGAGUAGUUCAAAAAAACAAAGACUUCUUAUUUACAAAUAUUAUUGACUGUUGGUUAGUAUACUGAUGUAGCAGUUUCCUAUAGAAUCAAUUAAAAGUUUUAAGUGUGAUUAUUAGGCUUACAUUGGAGAGCCAGUUGCACCUAUCUAUUUAAAGUCAUUUGUGUGUAAUUCAUUAGAUUUACCAGUGUUGCCUUUCAGCUGAAACUGAAGUUUUACAACUUUUUUGAAUUGUUAUAGGUUCAGUUUCAUUAUAAUAUUAUUGCAAUUUGUUUUUAAGUGUCUAUUUGAACUCAGAACUGAUUAUAACAUUGCUUUAUGCAGAUUUUUUUACAGAGCAGUGUUUGAUGUGAUUUCAUUUACUGUGAAUUUAAUUAAACUUGUUUGGAAUAACAUCUAAAAUAAAAAGAACUGUUUCAUUCUAUAUUGACUAUUGUAUUCCAAGCAAUGCUGUAUUUAGAAGAUACGUACUUUUGGAGUGUCAGCUUGUAUUCAUUUAGAAAAACAACAAGUUCUUGCAAUGCCUUUUUUGUCAUUAACUAUUGUAGGUAUUUGUUCCAAAUAAAAGAGCCAUCCAGACUUACUGCAUUUCAUAUACCAUAUUACAUCUAGUUCAAAAGCAUGUUUUAAGGAUAAUGCAUUUUUUUUAAAUUGUGGUUCAAUAUAGUUGCAGAAUCUCUUCACUGAAAUAUUGUGGUUCAGCACUGUGGAAUUAGUUCUAGAGUUUUUUUUGGAAUGUACACUUUAUAUUUUAACAUUAAAAGAUAGUUUUCAAA